AUGGAAGAUGACAUCGAUGAGAGUUUUCACGAUGAUUGGUGGGACUCACUGGCCAUUGAUCAGGUAACUGAGUCGCAGCUGCAAGCAGCAGAGAAUGCCGUGCCCUCCUCCUCCUCUCAAGCACUACCUGCGUCACUGCCGAUUUCUGUGAGCGAACUUCAAGCACAGCUACACGAGCUUCGUCGACAAUAUGAAACACAGAGCCAAACUAUAGAGGAUCUUCGGAAGAAGACACAACAGCAACAGGGCGAGAUCUCUGUGGUCCGAGCGAACUGGAAUCGCGUACAGCAACAAAAUGUCGGCCUGCAGCACCAGCAGAGCCAAAUGGAGCAAGAACAUCGGAAAAAGCUGGAGGCACUCCAGCAGGAAAAUCGCAGGCAGCUCGAACGUCUAGAGACCGCGGCGGCGUUUCGCCGCAUUGAGCAAGAUACGCAUCGUACGACGUGGCCCUCGACCGUGCGUCGUCAAGCCGCUGUUAUGCUGGAUCAUACCACACAUUCGCUGAUGCAAGACAAAAUAACCACGCCUACGAAAAGCCGAAUGGUUCGUAACGCGAAAGGACUGGAUACCCUGUCGCCACAUACGCUAUCGCACCGAAAGCGGCCUGCUUCAGAGAUGAGUGAACAGGAAAGUCCUUCGAAGCGACAAAGUAAAAAAGCAGCAACCACUGGUGUAAAAGCGUUUCCUCGCUUCGAUAACUCGUUCGUGUCUGGAGCCCCAGAGGCCUUGCCAGCAGCCAGCUCGUCGCCGCCGCGAUUGCGCCUGGAGUCCGCCUCUCCUACCCCGUCGCCGGAGCUGCAGCCGAUGCAGAGUGCUAUGGAAGAAUCGGAUGCUGUUGCAUUUGUCCUUACGAUGCUCUUCAGCUUGCAGUCGCGCUGGGUCACGCAGGUCCUUUACCAGCCUUCCCGUUGGCUGGAUCCGUCGGAGACCAUACCUGACGCAACAGCUGCCCGAACAGAGCCGCUUGUGCUGCGUCUGCUACACUAUCGACUUCCACCCUCGGCCCCCGUUGCGCUUCAACAGAGAUGGACGCAUGCUGUCGAGCAGCUAUGGCAAUGCCUCGUGCAUGCAAAUUCGUUCCCUGCGUUGGUAUCGGACUAUGGUCCUUCCAUUCAAGCGUCGCUGGAAGGCGUGCAUGAUCUGCCGGCCACAAAUACUCAUCCUCAGAUUCGACAAGUCCUUGAAACGGCAUGGGAACGCCAGUCCAUGUAUUUGUAUGGCACUGUCGCAGCAGCUCUGCGAACUAUGACGGGCCUAUUGCUGCGUAUGCGCUUGCUAUGUGGUGUGAGUCGCCUACUAGAGUGGAUGAUCUCGUUGGGCGUGGCGCAUCCGCCCUUUGUGCGGUACCUCAUGAUCCGUCUACGGUACUUGCCGUGGAACAAGGAGCCUACCCUUCCGACUCAGCCCUCCAGUCAGCCAGACACACCGAUCUCAGCAACUUCAACACCGCAGUCUCGAGUCAUGGCAGACGAUGCAACGCCAGUCCACUUAGUUUCGAUCCUCGUCACCGGUGUGCAAGAGGCCAUGCCAGGCGCCAGCGAGGACAAAGCAACGCGAUCUGCUUUGUUGGUCACCAUUUCACGCCUAGUCCGUAUGCUUGCUUGGACACUAUGGCCUUCAGGUCUGCAUGACCUAUAUCCCAUACUCCAAACGCCUGGCAUUUGGCUAACUCUCCUUGAUCCCUAUACCACGUGCUCUACGAUGCUCGAGCAUACCCUGCAAGCAAUGAUCCAGUUCUUGCAUGAUCCUGUGACCUGGAACAUGUGCCUGUCGACGCAGUUUGAUACCCAGCGGCAAUCGCACAUUCCCUCUCGCUUGAGUCAGACGCGCUUCCCAUUGAUGGACUUGCUGGCAAAGCACCUUGUCGAUCGACGUGGCGACUCAUCGCCGCAGGCCCUUCAUACCAUUCAUCUGAGCAUUGUACAGCUUCUUACGCAAGCAGCUCGAUGGCCUGAUACCGCCGUGAUCCUUCUUGACUCAACGCCGCUUCUGCCUGCUCUGAUUCAGUGCUUACAAUGGGAUGUCCAAGCGAUUUGGAAUCAGGAGCCGACGCCGCACUCUCGCAGCCUCGCAUGGGCCGAAAGUGCUUUGGAACGUGUCUGUGUAAGCAUCCAUUUCUUGCACGAGCUGUACGUGCCGGAGGGCCAAGCCUCUCGCAAUCUCGCCGAGAAGCUCAUAUCCCCGCCGGUUCAAGCGGCGCUCAAUGGCAUUCGGUACGCGUUCGUGGUCGCCGUUGCCCGCAUUGCCUUUGCGUCGGAACCCGAUUGGCUCGUCGCCCCUGGCGCGCCAGAAUGCCGUGGGCGUAUGCGCACGCAGCUAGAAAGUGCCGCAGGUACGUGGCUACCUACGUGA